AUGAGGGGGGAAUGGACACACAGUAACCUGUUUUUCUCUCUUUCCUCCUACUUGCAGAAAAAGAGGAGGGCAGCCACUGCCCGUCGGCAGCACCUGAAGAGUGCUAUGCUCCAGCUUGCUGCCACUGAAAUAGAAAGGGAAGCAGCUGCUAAAGAGGCGGAAAAGCAGAACUACCUGGCAGAGCAUUGUCCUCCUCUGUCGCUCCCGGGAUCCAUGCAAGAGCUUCAGGAACUGUGCAAAAAGCUUCAUGCCAAGAUAGAUUCAGUGGAUGAAGAAAGGUAUGACACAGAGGUGAAGUUACAGAAGACUACCAAGGAGCUGGAAGACUUGAACCAGAAGCUGUUUGACCUCAGGGGCAAGUUUAAGCGGCCACCUCUGCGUAGGGUGCGCAUGUCCGCUGACGCUAUGUUGCGUGCCCUGCUGGGCUCCAAGCACAAGGUCUGCAUGGACCUCCGUGCCAACCUGAAGCAAGUCAAGAAGGAGGACACUGAGAAGGAAAAGGACCUUCGUGAUGUGGGUGACUGGAGGAAGAACAUCGAGGAGAAGUCUGGCAUGGAGGGCAGGAAGAAGAUGUUCGAGGCUGGCGAGUCCUAA